GGCGCAGUACUGCUCGAGCCUUAGCCGCACAGGCGCAGUGGCGGUAGGAUGGCGGAGUUGGUGCCUUUUGCGGUUCCCACCGAGAGUGACAAAACCUUGCUAGUGUGGGAGCUGAGCUCUGGACCCACGGCCGAGGCCUUGCAUAAUUCUCUAUUCACAGAAUUCUCCCAGUUUGGCCUUCUGUAUUCAGUUCGGGUCUUCCCAAACGCUGCAGUAGCUCGUCCUGGUUUCUAUGCCAUCAUCAAGUUUUAUUCAGCAAGGGAUGCCCAUAGAGCCCAAAAGGCAUGCGACCGGAAGCAGCUUUUUCAGAAAUCUCCAGUGAAGGUUCGUCUUGGCACCAGACAUAAAGCAGUUCAACAUCAGGCUCUUGCCCUAAACAGCUUCCAAUGUCAAGAAUUGGCAAACUACUACUUUGGUUUCAAUGGAUGGUCAAAAAGGAUCAUCAAGCUUCAGGAGCUUUCUGACCAUGAAAAAAGGGAAAAUGAAGAUAUUGUGGCACCACUUCAGAAGCAAAGCCUGAAGUUCUUCUGUGCUUUAGAGGUGCUGUUGCCAUCCUAUGCAUGCAGGAGUCCUGGAGUCGGCGUCGCAGAGGAGCCUGUGCAUGAGCUGGAGGAAGGACCAUUAGCGUUCCUUAUGAAAAGGAAGACAGCUCAGAAGUUUGCUAUUCAGAAGGCUUUGUCAGAUGCAUUCCAGAAACUACUGAUUGUGGUUUUAGAAAGUGGUAAAAUAGCUGUGGAAUACAGACCCAGUGAAGAGAUCGUAGAUGUCAGAAGUGAAGAACUACAUGAUUUAAUUCAAGUCAGUUGCAUUUCUUGGAAGCAGUCCUGCCAGGGAGAGGAAGAAUAUCUCUCAGAUUUUAGUCUGGAGGAAGACGAGUUCAGGCUGCCAAAACUGGACUAGCACUUCCGAAUACAUGGAGAGGAGAGGCCCUGUGACUUCCUUGGGAAGCUCAGCCGUCCAUACCCCAAUGGGCUGCUGGAGUUCUGGGGCCACCUGGGUCUGUGGCCCAAAUCCCUCCUCGCUAAGGCGGCAGUGGUGUUCCUGUGGGGGACAGUUGUACCUCUGCAGGGGAAGAGAGGCUUGGGCCCAGUGAUUGUGGGGAAAAGCUCGCCCGGGUGGCACGGAGCGGAUCUGGGCCUGAGCU